AUGUGCAAAGAUACUACAAAAACUAGUCCAAAAGAAGAUCUUAAGUUAAGUAUCAAAAUCGGUACUACAGAUAAAGAAGACAAAGCUGACACUGCUUUUCCAAGAGAUUGUAGUGCUCUUGAUCCUCUAUCCGUAUCAGGGGUAUACAGAAUAUAUCCAGCAGCAUUAGUUGAAUUCGAUGUCUAUUGUGACAUGGAUACGAUGUGUGGAGGAUGGACCGUGUUCCAACAGAGAAUUGACGGAACGCACAACUUCUUUACAGAUUGGAAUGCGUAUAAAACAGGUUUUGGAGAUCUGAACGAGGAAUUCUGGCUUGGGAAUGAUUAUUUACAUUCUAUAACGUCAUCUGGUCAACACAGACUACGUGUGGAACUUGAGGCCUAUGAUGGAUCAACUGCAUAUGCUGAAUAUAGCACAUUUAAUAUCGAUGACUCCAAGUCGGAUUAUAUUCUAAAUAUCAGUGGAUAUUCUGGAAAUGCCGGGGAUAGUUUUGAUUACCAUAACGGGAUGAAAUUUUCUACUUCGGACAAAGAUAACGAUAUUGCGUCCUGGAAUUGCGCCACUUCUUCCGUUGGUGCAUGGUGGUACGCUAAUUGUCACAGUUCAAAUCUAAACGGGCGUUAUGGAAUUGUUGAUGACCACACUGGUGUCCCUAUUGUUUAUGUUCACCAACUGUUAUAUAAUGCCACCUUUGGCAGUACUGUGACUUUAAACUGUUCAGUGAGCACAACGACCUCUUCUACAAUAACCGAAGUUUACUGGCAGAAAUGGGAUGAGUGUCAGAUAAAAUACAUCUCGUCUACAACAACAUCUUCGUCUGCUAAGUACAGUGGGAGUACCGUGAAUACACCGUCCCUAACAGUAUUCAACGCUGAAGGACUUGAUGUAGCAUCUUAUACAUGCUUUGCAUCAAAUAUUGCUGGAACCGGUUAUAGUACAGCUUCAUUUCUAAAUGUAUCAGCAGCGGCUUUUCCGAGAGAUUGUAAUGAUCUUGGUCUUCUAUCGGGAUCAGGGGUAUACAGAAUAUAUCCAACAACAUCAGUUGAGUUCGAUGUGUAUUGUGACAAAGAUAUAAUGUGUGGAAGAUGGACCGUGUUCCAAAAGAGAUUCGAUGGGGCUUACGGAUUUUUUAGAGAUUGGAAUGCUUAUAAAAUUGGUUUCGGAGACCUGAAUCAGGAAUUCUGGCUUGGUAAUGACUAUUUACAUUACAUAACGUCAUCUGGUCAAUACAGACUACGUGUGGAACUCGAGGCCUAUGAUGGCUCAACUGCAUAUGCUGAAUAUAGCACAUUUAGUAUCGGUGACUCGCAGUCGGAUUAUAAUCUGAAUGUCGGUGGAUAUUCUGGAAAUGCCGGUAUGUAG